AUGAGUGCAAUCCAACAAUCCGAGGUAUUUGGUCUGUCGGCGGAUUCUGGUUUAGGCUCCAUUGCCAUCGCAGCUAGAGGGAACGAGAUCACGGGGCUCGACAUAUUCCGGUGCACAACAGAAGAUACCGACAUUACCAGGGUGGAAGCUCUGAUUGCUGAAAUGAACGCGGACCAGCCCACCGGAGGAACGGAUCUGGCUUAUGGAGACAAGAACUCCCAACAUCUCCGAUUCUGGAAGUCACAAUCCCCCAAAGCCCCGAUUAUCCUAUAUGUCCAUGGCGGGAGCUGGCGCAUAGGAACAAAUUUGGACUCAAUUGGCUCAGCAAAAGUGAGCCACCUUGUUGCUCAAGGCUAUGCCUUUGCAUCCAUCAAUUACUCGCUCAUUCCCUCCGUGACUGUUAAAGAACAGGUCCAGGAGGUAGCAGACUCAGUGGGAUAUUUGGCUAGAAAUGCUGCCAAGCUCAACAUUGAUCCCGACCGUGUCAUUCUGAUGGGACAUAGUUCGGGCGCUCACGUUGUAACCCUACUCGGCACAGACCUAAGUUACCUUACCAAGGCAGAUAUCGACAUCCGGACAGUGCGUGCAGUCAUCUCUCUCGAUGGCUCAAACUACAAUGCGCCGGCCGAGAUUGUCGAUAGCCCGGGACCAGUGGCAGACAACAUGCUUAUGGGUCUGGGGACCGAUACAAAGCACCUACAGGAUAUGUCGCCUACCUACCACGCCCGAGCGCCUAAUGCGGGUGCAUUCUUGCUUCUCCAUGCCCAGCGAAAUGGUGACAUACGCCAAGCGGUUGAGUUCAAUCGGGCACUAGAAGCAGCAGGGACUGAUGCUAAUUUGCAUGUAUUUGAGGGGGAGUGGUUCGAAGGACAUGUUCAAAUCCUUCUUCGGCUUGGAAACCCAGAAUAUCCUGCUACUGCGGUAAUGGAUAAAUGGCUGGAGCUGCAUGUUCCAGUUACUACCAAAUGA